UAACCUGUUUUAUUGCCACCCUCAGAGCCAAAGAAACUUUAUCAAAGGAUUAAAACUUACGUAAACAAAGAUCCCUUUAUUUACAACUCUCAUUCUCUGGAGAGCAAGAAGUUCCAGCUCACAUGUGUGCAGAGAUUGAUUCAUACAAACCUCAGUUUCUGUGAAUCGGCAGUGCCCUAGAGAAUGUUUCCCUUCCUGAGACUCCAGGGAAGUCUUGGAACGCAAAGAACUUGAAGAGGGCACCUGGCCAAACAGAGAUUUUUGAGAUUUGAAUAGAACUAAGAAAUAUCAAGAUUUAAAACAUACAUACCUUGGAACACUCAGAAGGAGCAACAUGGGAGAAACUGAGAAAACCAUUGAAACUCAUAGAAUAAGAUGUCUUUCCAAGUUGAAGAUGUUUCUGUUGGCAAUAACAUGUGCAUAUGUAGCCAAAACACAAUCUGGAUCUUAUAUGAAUUCCAUGCUCACACAAUUAGAGAGACAAUUCAAUAUCCCGACAUCUCUAGUUGGAUUUAUUAACGGAAGCUUUGAGAUUGGAAAUCUUUUAUUGAUUAUAUUUGUGAGUUAUUUUGGAACUAAACUGCAUAGACCUAUAAUGAUUGGGGUUGGAUGUGUGGUUAUGGGCCUAGGGUGUUUCUUACAAUCACUACCUCAUUUCCUCAUGAACCGAUAUGAAUAUGAAUCUACAGUUUCAGUUUCAGGCAAUUUGUCCUCAAACAGUUUCUUGUGUAUGGAAAAUGGAACCCAGAUUUUCAAACCAACAGAAGAUCCAUCAGAAUGUGUGAAGGAAGUUAAAUCAUUAAUGUGGGUGUAUGUACUAGUUGGAAAUAUUAUACGUGGAAUUGGUGAAACUCCCAUCAUGCCUUUAGGUAUUUCCUACAUAGAAGAUUUUGCCAAAUCUGAAAACUCUCCUUUAUAUAUUGGGUUUAUCGAAACAGGAGCCAUCAUUGGUCCAUUGAUUGGACUUUCGUUAGCGUCAUUCUGUGCAAAUAUUUAUGUUGACACUGGAUCGGUGAACACAGAUGAUCUGACCAUAACUCCCACUGAUACUCGUUGGGUUGGUGCAUGGUGGUUUGGCUUUUUGGUUUGUGCAGGAGUGAAUGUGCUCACUGCCAUUCCUUUUUUCUUUUUGCCCAAAACGCUUCCAAAGGAAGGACUGGAGGAUAAUGCUGAGACCAUUACAAACGUCAAGGAAGAGAAACAAAGAGAAGGCAACAAGAAAAGGGAUAGAAUCACUAAAGAUUUUUUGCCGUUCAUGAAAAGUCUUUUAUGCAACCCAAUUUACAUGCUUUUCAUACUAAUAAGUGUGCUACAGUUCAAUGCAUUUGCCAGUAUGUUCUCCUUCAUGCCUAAAUAUCUGGAACAGCACUAUGGAAAAUCCACUUCAGAUGCAAUCUUUCUCAUUGGUAUUUAUAACUUACCUCCAAUAUGCAUUGGAUAUAUAGUUGGCGGUUUAAUUAUGAAGAAAUUCAAGAUUACUGUCAAACAAGCUGCCCAUAUAGGAUGUUGGUUUUCCUUAACUGAGUAUCUUCUCUAUUUUUCGUGUUUUUUCAUGAUCUGUGAUAAUUCUUCAGUUGCUGGAAUAACUGCCUCUUAUGAAGGACUGCAGCAAGAUUUACAUGUGGGAAAUAUUCAUGCUGACUGCAACAAAGAUUGCAACUGUCCAUCUAAAAUAUGGGAUCCUGUAUGUGGAAACAAUGGCUUGUCAUACAUGUCAGCCUGUCUUGCUGGUUGUGAGGCAUCCUCUGGAACAGGAAUAAACAUGGUAUUCCAAAAUUGUAGCUGCAUUCAAACACCAGGAAAUUCAUCUGCAGUUCUUGGAUUAUGUGACAAAGGACGGGACUGUUCUAUGAUGCUCCAAUACUUUUUAAUCUUGUCAGUGAUCAGCAGUUUCAUCUAUUCCUUAUCUGCCAUACCUGGGUAUAUGGUACUCCUGAGGAGCAUUAAGCCUGAAGAGAAGUCCCUUGGUGUGGGAUUACAUGCAUUUUGCACAAGAGUUUUCGCCGGAAUUCCUGCACCUAUAUAUUUUGGUGCUUUAGUGGACUCCACAUGUUUACACUGGGGAACUUUGAAAUGUGGUGAGUCAGGGGCAUGCAGGAUAUAUGAUUCCACCAACUUCAGAUACAUCUACCUUGGAUUGCCAGCAGCACUAAGAGGAUCAAGUUAUAUUCCAGCCUUUUUGAUCCUAAUUAUUUUGAGGAAGUAUCAUCUCCCUAAGGAAAAUGCCUCUUCAGAAACUACGCUUGCGGCAAAGUUUACAGAGAAGGAAAAUGAGGGCAAAGAGUUGGACCAAAAUUCCAAAGUUCUGAAUAAUGAGGAAUUGAAAACUAAACUGUAAUAUACUUCAUGCUUCCCAGACUGGAGGGCAUACUACAACAUAAUUUUUGUUUGUUUAAAUCAGUAGAGGUAUUGCGGGUAACUUUUCCUUGUCUUUAAGACCCUCAAAUUUUUUUUUUUUUUUAAAACUCAAGUUAAAAAAAUGUUCACUGAUGGUAUUUCUGAGGGAACAGUGAUGCUUGAGAUUUUCCUCAGAGCGACUCUUAUCACAACCUUCAAAACAGGACAUAAAAACCAACUUUACUUUUAUGUUAAAACAGCAAUUUCUCUUUUAACUCAUGCAAUAUAAGUUUAUAUUUUCCAUAUCUCCAUUUACAAAUGAUUCUAAGAAUUUCCUAUUAUGAAAAUCUAUUUAACUCCAUUGAAUUUCUGCUUUGAUAUCAGGAUUAUUUAGAGACUGAAAUUCCUGUCUUCUUAGGUGAAUAUUGAAGCAUUUUAUUUAAAAUGAUCACUUCAAGUGAAAGAAGCUGAAAUCUUUUAAUUCUAUUUUCAGUUAAAUAGUUGUUCUUUUACUUUCCCUUUUCACUCCAGACAUGAUUUUUUAAAAAAAUAGAUUAGGCAGUAAUGUGCCACCACCUGCUUUCAAUUAAUCCUCUACUUUAUUACUGACAUCAUGGAUCUGCUCAUUUUGUUGAGAUUUCUGACAAGCUUAAAUGGGUAAUUAAAAAUUAUGUAGCAAA